CGCAUCCCGGACUUUUGGGCACCAUUUUUUUUCAAUGUUUCAUUCUCGUUAUCGUCAAACUCAAAGUAAUGAAUCUUUAUGGAUUGAUCCGGUUGAUCUGCGCCACAGAAUAAUUCUCGUUAUUUUUCGUCGUUCGUUGCCGUCCUUACUGUAUAACACGCGAUAAUUCGGCUGAAAAUCAUCACAGUCAUUGAAGAAUGGAGGUCUCGGCUUCUGCCCGGCCGCUAGACAACGCCGAUGAACUCAUCAACGCCGUCGGGACUUUCAUCUUCGAUUGCGACGGAGUUAUAUGGAAAGGAGAUAAAUUGAUAGAUGGAGUUCCCGAAACAUUGGACAUGCUCAGGGCAAAGGGAAAGGGAUUAGUUUUUGUUACCAACAACUCAACGAAAUCUAGGAACCAAUAUGGGAAGAAGUUUGAAGAACUAGGCCUUCAUGUCACUGAGGAAGAAAUAUUUUCAUCAUCAUUUGCAGUUGCUGCUUACUUGAAGUCCAUUGAUUUCCCAAAAGACAAGAAGGUAUACGUAAUUGGUGAGGAAGGGAUAUUGAAGGAGCUCGAGUUAGCUGGGUUUCAGUAUCUCGGGGGACCGGGGGAUGGCGAGAAAAAGAUAGAACUAAGGCCGGGAUAUAUGAUGGAGCAUGAUGAGAAUGUUGGAGCAGUUGUUGUUGGAUUUGAUCGUCAUUUUAAUUACUACAAAGUACAGUAUGGAACACUAUGUUUACGUGAAAAUCCAGAGUGUCUUUUCAUUGCAACAAACUGUGAUGCUGUCACUCAUCUAACAGAUGCUCAAGAAUGGGCAGGUGGCGGUUCAAUGGUAGGCGCCCUAGUGGGGUCCACACAACGCGAACCGCUUGUUGUAGGGAAGCCUUCAACUUUCAUGAUGGACUACUUAUCGAACAAAUUCAAUAUUGAGAAGUCGAAGAUAUGCAUGGUUGGCGACAGGCUAGAUACAGAUAUACUUUUUGGACAAAAUGGGGGCUGCAAAACUCUUCUUGUCCUCUCAGGUGUUACAAGUCUAUCAAUGCUCCAAGAUCCCAAAAACGCAAUACAACCCGACUUCUACGCGAACAAGAUUCCUGAUCUUCUCUCUUUGUAAGUCGUUGCGGUGGAUUAAAACUAAUUGUAGUUCAAAUUGGAUUAAAACUAUUUGUAGACCAAAUUCACACUGCCUUUUGUUUCAAUUCACACAUAAAACUCGUCGUUUACGGUACAAACAGUACUUGUUUGUGUCCCACAGACACGAGUUUUGUCUCUGAAAUGCAAAAAAAAGGUGGUGUAAAGUUUGUGAUUUGUAUAUUGAUACCGGUUCAAAUAUGUAUAGUAAGGCCCAAUACACCCGGUACACUAUAUUUAAUUCAGAGUAUCCGGAUCAAAGUUUAUAAUUUCGUGUAUACUUUUGGCUUACACCAAGAGUGAAUCAAACAAAUUAGAUGGGGGAGU